CGGAAGCUCGCUUGAGCCAAGCUCCGCACUCAACAUAGCAUAGCUGACUAUUGCACUACGGCUAACGGCCAUGUCGACAGCGGACGCCACGGAGGCAGCCUCGCCGACGCCUGGGCCUGGUGGCAGCACCACAACGCCCUCGGCCUUGCCCUCAGCGGACAGCGCCAGCCUGCUCACCCUGCCCGCGCACAUGCUGCAGCACAUUCUAGUAUCUGCUGGUAGGGGAGCGGAGGGCGCCGUGCGGGCGUGCCGCCAGCUACACGACGCCUUCCGGCACGCGCUGCGCUGCCCGCCGCUCAUGGCCGCAUUCAUCCGCGGCCGCUGCGCCUCCGACCCGGCCGGUGCGCUGUGGGCGUACAGGCCGCAGGUGCGGGCGGCGCUGGUGGGCCACCGGCUGCCGCUGCCGGCGCACUGGUCGGACCCGGUGCCGGAGCCGCCGCCCGGCCCGGAGGCGGACUGCGCGCAGCUGGCGCUGAUGCAGGCGCUGGCGGCGGUGGAGGGAGCCAGCUUCCUGCGCUCGCCUUCCUCGCUGCUGGCCGCCGCCACACGCGCCCGCCACCUGCUCACCCUCAGCUGGCUGACCUCGGGGCCGGCGGGCGGCGGCGGCGGCCCCUGGGCCCACGCGCUGUCCGCCAUCAGCCCCCGCGGCCACGGCGGCGAGGCGCUGCUGGUGGCGGUGGCGGAGUGCCGCUGCCCGCACCUGGCCGCCUGCCUGCUGGAGGCGGGGGUCAGCGCCCGGGCGCGGGACAACGAGGCGCUCAUUGCGGCGUGCCGCCAGCCCGGCCCGGGCCCGGCGGCGCCGGGGGGCGGGGGAUGCGACUCGGGCGCCGAUGGGGCUGGUUGUGAUGUUGAGGAGGAGGGCCAGGACCGGGACCGGGACCCCCAGCUUGCGCUGGUGCGGCUGCUGCUGGAGCACGGCGCCGACCCCCGGGCGAGGGGCAGUCUGGCGCUGACGGAGGCGGUCAGGUGUGGCAAUGCGGCGUUGGUGCGGCUGCUGCUGGCGGCGGGCGCUAACCCGCUGGGGGCGGACAGCCGGGCGCUGAGGGAGGCAGCCGCGGCGCCUCAACCCCAGCCCGAGCUGGUGCGGCUGCUGUUGGAGGCGGGCAGUGCGGCGGACGCACUGGUCAGUGCGGCGCUGGGGGCCGUGUGCAGCCCGCCACCGCCACCGCCACCUCCGCCAUCACCGUUGGCCCAAGGCAAGGUACCUGGUCGCCAGGCUGCUGCGGACGGGCUGGACUGCGUGAGCGCCAAGGAGGGGGUCGUGCCUGACCCGCCGUGUGGAGCCGCCGUUGCAGCUGCUGCUGCCACUGCCACUGCCACUGCGGGGCAGCAGUGCUCGUGUCCUGUUCUUCAAGUGCGGUUGCAGGUGGCGGAGAUGCUGCUGGCGGCCGGCGCGCAGCCCACCGCCGCCGCCAUCACCGCCGCCGCCCGCUGGGAGGGCGGCCGGGGGCUACCGCUGGUACGGCUGCUGCUGGCGGCCCGGGUGGAGGCGGCCGGGCCGGGCCGUGUGUCGUGGCUGCUGGCUGACGGGUCGGCGCUGCGGGCCGCCUGCCGCGGUGGCUGUGUAGCUCUGGUGCGGGAGCUGCUGGCCGCGGGCAGUGCGGUGGACAGCGGGGCGCUCAGGGCGGCGGUGGAGGGCGGCUGCGCGGCACGCACGGCCGCCCUUGAGGCCGCCACCGCAGCCAUCUCGCUGGCGGCGCUGCGGGGCGGGCCGUACCGGGUGCACUGGCCCUGCACGGGGGACAGCGACGACGAGGGGGAGGGGGAGGAGGAGGGGGCUGGUCGGGGCAGGGGGCAGGGAGUGAGUGGCACGAAGGCAGCGGAGCGGGCUGAGUUUGAGGCACUGCUAGCACGUGUGGCGGCGGCUGCGGCAGGGCCGGGUGAGGCGGUUGAUGCCGGCAGGCGCGGAGCUAGCGAGGGAAGCAAGCAGUCGAAGCAGGGUCAGGGCCGCGUAAGCGGCACGGGUAACGGUGCUGCGACUGCUGCGGCUGCUGCGUCGCCCGCUCGGGCUCAUGACCAUGGCCACGGCCACGGCCAUGACGCGGUGGUGGCGCUGCUGCUGGGCGCGGGGGCGGACCCCAUGGCGGAGCACGGACAGGUGUUUCUGGCGGCGGUGAGGGCUGGGCGCUGGCGCAUGGUGGGGGCCAUGUGCGCCGUGCCGGCCAGGAGGCAGCAGCAGCAGCAGCAGCAGGGCGCCGGGCCGCGGCGGCUGCAGGUGAUGGUGGGCAUGUGCAACGAGCUGCCGCUCAAGGACGCGGCGCGGCUGGGCUGGCGGCGGGUGGUGGCGCUGUUGCUGGCGGCGGGGGCCGGGGCCGAGGCGGGGGUGAGGCAGUGCGCGGCGGCGGAGGCGGGCGGGUAUGGGCACGGCCGUGUGCAGCAGCUGCUGCUGAGCUGGCAGCCGUGAGGCGUGGGCGGAGGCGGGGAGGCGGGGAGGCGUGGGUGCAGUGCUGGGGACCGGAGGACUUGGGAAACACGCGCACACACACACAUGAGCGUCCAGGGCCGUGCAGUUUCACGGACUCAGAGGGAUGUAG